UUUAUUUUCUUAGUUUUACUAAAAUAAAAAUGUUUUCAGCGCUAAAGAAAUUAACUAGGAGUGGCGAGGAUCGGUGUGCACCACCGAUGCCAAUGUCCUCUUCGUUGCAGAAAAGAUUUUCUAGAGGCGUUCAUUUUAAUAUGAAAAUACUCAUCAAGGGUGAUAGAAAUGUAGGAAAGUCGUGUCUUCUGCAACGUCUUCAAGGAGGAGCAUUUACUGAAGACUAUGUGCCAACAGAGCAGAUUCAAGUGGCACCAAUUCAUUGGACUUACAAAAACUCGGAUUACAUAGUUAAAGUUGAAGUAUGGGAGGUAGUGGAUAAGGGUCGCACAAAGAAAAAACCUCCAUUGGGCUUGAAACUUGAGAACCAGGCUGCUACGGCACAGGCUGAUGAUGUUGAAACACCAGUACUAGAUGCCACUUUCUUAGAUGUUUAUAAGAAUGCAACUGGAGUUAUUUUAAUGAUGGAUAUUACAAAGCCAUGGACAUUUGAUUAUGUUGUGAAAGAACUGUCGAGGAUACCCGCCGACCUUCCAGUUGUGUUGCUAGGUAACCACUGCGACAUGCAGCAUCACCGGCAGGUCCAGUCACAUCACAUUGAGCAAGCCCUGCAACAUGCUAAGGCUGUUAGAACUGCACCCAUCCGCUAUGCUGAAUCCUCCAUGAGAAAUGGUUUUGGCCUAAGACUUCUUCACAAAUUUUUGAGUGUACCUUUUCUGAGGCUACAGAAAACCAGCUUGUUGGAACAGUUACAAAGGAACCAAAAGGAUAUGGAGGAAAUUGAGAAGGAGCUAGAUGACUUUCAGAACUCUGAAGAAGCACAUUACAACAUAUUCGUCGAUCGUCUGGCGAAUAAAAGGCGGCAAGGUGCAGAAAACGAGCCUAGAAUUAAUAACGACCGCUCGCCUAGUAUCGUGCUGGGUGCGGGGAAACCUAUUAUACCACCGAGUGUUAAUCCUCUGCUGGCCCAAUCUCUGAACCCGACGCCUCCACAAGUGAAACAGACUCAGUAUGUGAGUCCUGAGCUCAUGAAGAGCAAGCCGCCAGUCAGCAUGGACAUGACGCCGGCCAAAUCACAGUAUCAAGAAAGCGUCCCAAGCACCCCGUCCGGCGCAAACAUGUCAGUGACUGGUUCGUCGGGCGCGCUCGACGAGUUCUACGCCGGCACCCUCGACACCAGCUUCCUCGACGACCUGGGCGACGUCAAUGUCAACCAGGAGGCGAAUUAUGACAGUGACAGCGACGAAGAAACGUCAGUUAAUCCAAAAGUGACGUUGGAAGAAGACGACCUGGGUGAUGACUUCAGCGAGCCGUCGGCGUCGCUGCGAGAACCCCAGCGGAUUAAUGAGGAGGAUCUGAGGAAUGUGUUUUUCAGGCAGGCGGCGGUGAAGGACGAUGAGCCCACUGUAGAUAACGACUACCAAUGGGUCGGAGAUGCUAGUGUCAGACGGUCGCCUGAAGGUGGUGAGGAUCCAGAUGCAUUGCAGGAGAGCCAACAAAAGGUAGAGAAAAAACAUAAGAAGAAAAAGUCCAAAGAUAAAGACAAGGGUGAUUCUAGCGAGAAAUCGGAACGCAAAGAGAAGAAGCAUAAACGAAGGAAGUCUAAAUCUGAGAAACCGUCCAACCCCCAAGCUGACCUGCUCGAACCGACGGCAGGCAUCAACUAUAACUACGACGAUUAUGAUAGUCUUUAACACCGAUAACAUCAGUAAAUUAGGGGUUUCAAAAAUGUGCCAUUUGGAUCCUUCGCCGCCUGGGCACUAAAAUAAUCGAAAAGCUAGUUAUGGCAAGACAACACGGCGCGUUGCGUCGACGGAGCGCGUAUUAAGGCAACAAGGUGGUAACACGACGCUGCGUUAAUGCAGCAUUGUUGUUAAUAAUAGGUACAACUUAGAGUCUAUUCCAUAAAGUUAUUAAUACCUAGCGGAAUAGAGAAACAAAGGCCUGA